UUUGGCUCAAACAGCGGCGCGAGAGCUGGAAUGGCAUACGCCCUGUUCUGCUGCUGCGCCGAGGACGCGGAUGCCGAGCAGGUCGUCGUCCUCGACCCCGGCGACGAGCACGGGGGCGGGCCGUCCUUUCCGAGCGAGGUCGUGGUGCCGCAGACUCGGGACACGAGAGGUGAACCCAGAGGGGCCCAAAACUGCACAAACAUACACUUAUGCUUACUGGGGAACGACGAGGUACCGAUACCGCUAGGUCGUCGUCCUUGGCGGAUGCCGACAAGGUCGUCGUCCUUGGCCCCGGCGACGAGCACGGGGGCGGGCCGUCCUCUCCGAGCGAGGUCGUGGUGCCGCAGACUCGGGACACGAGAGAUCCGAGCCCGCUGGGGCUCGCGAGCGCCCGGCCGCGGUCCACGUUCUACCGCAAGCUCAAGGCCGCGGUGACGUGGACGAGGCCCCAGGAUCCGCCCGCGAAGCUCGCGCUGGAACGCGAGCGGGCCCGGCUGCAGGAACUCCUCUGCAGCUUCGCCAGGAGAGUUGUCGCAGGCCGCCCCUGCACGUACCUGAGGGCCAGGCUGGACGGCACGCUCGAGCGCGCGUGGGCCCCGGUGGAGCAGCUUGAGAAGCUCAAGGAAAGCAAGAGCAGGAGCGCGGAGGAGGCGCGGCUGCAGGUGGAGGAGCUGGAGCGGUUCCUGCCGCCCAGCGCCCGGGAGCGAGACCACGAGCCUGGGGGAGGCCCUGAUCAGGAACGGCCCCGCGCGUCCAGUCGGACGCGGCAGACCAUCCGUCAGGAGCACCAGCAGAAGGAGUUGAAGCGGGAAGAGCAAGAAGUGAAGCAGCUCAUCGGCAGGGUAGUGACGAUGAAAAGAUCGGAAGCGACUGAGGCAAUGCGUUUCUUGGGGUACGAGCAGGUCCCCACGGACGUGCCAGGAAUCAAGUCGUACAAGACGAGGACGAAGCAGCGCAUGUUCGAGUUGGGAAGGCUCAUCAUCAUCAGUCGCAAGGCCGGCAAAGAUGAUCCACAGGGUUUCGUACGUGAGAUAUCGUGUCUCAAGUACAUGAUGAGCACGUGCGAGAAGCUUAAUGACCAGCUAGCCGAGUUGAAGUCGAAGCGAGAUAGGUGUCAAGAGCACAUUCGCAACCUCUCGGUGAAGCUCGGAGAGUUACAGUCCGACUACAAGCAGUCAGAGACGGACCUGUAUGCUUGGCAGGCCGCGAUAGACGAGUUAGAGGAGCUGGAGGACUACAUGGUCGGAGAAGAUGCGCCAGGAGCCCGUGGCUUCAGCACAUUCAUCCCGACGAUGCAGAUGGGGGUGCAGGCGAUCGGUGAGAUGAUCAAGGUACUCAUUAAGAAGCAGCAGCAGACGGACCAUCAGAUGGCCAUGUUGAUUGGCCACCUCACGGCGACCAGUGCGAGUGCGUCGGCGGAGGAGUACGAGAGGGCCAAGUCGGAGGAGGGGGCGCACGGCCAUCAGCAGCCGCCCAUCGAGGUGCAGGCCAGCCCGACGAGCAUCCCCGCGGCCCAGCCCGACAUGCCCACGCCCGUGGCGGACCCAGGCAUCGAGCCCACGGAGGUCGCGGAGGCCAGCCUAGUCGAUCCUGAUAGGGAUUUACUGUCCGAUGCCCACGAGCUCGGACCACUUUUGUCUACAGUGGAGAUUGAGGACCAGCGCCCUUGUUACAGCGAGGAAGUGCAGGGGCUUAAUUGCUACGCUGUAGUGUUCGGGCUUCAGCGUUUUCUGAUUGACACCGAACAGCUCGUGGCCAAGGCAUUGGAGCAAGACAGGCUGCGUUUCCUAGUUAGGAUGUUCAAGUUCGCGCCGCGAUGCUUGCUGACCCUUCUUGACGUUUCCCUCCUGCAUCGGAGAAGCUGGGUCUCGGCUUUGGCCGCGAGUUUCGAUUGGUUAGUUUCUUUCAUGGAUCCUGAUUCGGUCCCUGGGACGGGGGGGCUCGACGAGUGGCUAGCUGCACUUCAGAUGGACCCCCAGCGUUUUCGGGCCACAAUCAAAACAGUCAUCCGUAGAGCGAGAGAGUGGUGGAGUGACCGACACCUGCUCCACCUGUGGGACAUCAGGGUCCACGAGGCGUUAGCAGGCACGCCCAUGGACGUGGACGCUGUGGACGUGGUGACAUCCUACAUGUGCUACGAGUGCGGCCAGCUGUUCAAGCCCCCCCCUGUGAGACUUGGAGUGCUGCCCGCCAUAACCCUGUACCCCCCGAAGCCGUUGGGCCUCACCCUCGGCCACUGA